CAAGGCUUUGUUGGAACGACAUAUUUUCAACACACGCGUAUACGUACCUGUAUCGCGGACUGCCCGAUGCGAUGGGUGGCCGCCAUUCAGCGUUCUCACAUUCUUCCUGAGAAAAUCGUAUAAACGCGUUGAACUUAUUGUACGCACUGACGAAGCGUGGACUAAUCCGUUUAGAAGGCAUGCACUAGUGAUCCCAGGAUACACGUUAAGGGUGUAGGGAGUUGUAGAAAUGUGUGAACGUAAACGAAACGAUGAUUGUAUUGAAAUGUUCUUCCGUGUUUCUAAGAGGGGCCUUAUAUAAUUAUUUCUGAACUGAUGCGUGUAAUGUGCAGAGUCAGCUUGCUCGAUACCAUUUUUACACUAUCAUAUUUGAAUUUAGCGUCAAAUGAUACCUAACUACACCAAGCUUUGUUUGCAUGUAGCCACUGAUAGCGAAAAUUGAUUUUUAGCACCUCAAAGCCGCAUAUUUUUGCGUAAUUUCUCACUGAAUGAUGAACAUGAUAAACGGGACCAGAUACAUUCAGAAUGACUUUGGCUUCAGCGACCUAAAAUAAGUACGGCAGUGGUCAUUUGAACCACUUCUGAAGCAUUUUAAUUUUUAGUUACCAUGUAUAUCAUCCUAAUUAAGCGACCUAAUUGCACCAAGCCUUAUUCGUAUUGUUUCUUAUAAUACCUAUGAUACAUAGGUUGUGUCAUGCUAGGGGCAACAUACUGUAUAAUAAAUAUUCAUCAAAUUUGCAACAUCGGUGUGUUGUUUUUAGUUUUGUUGGAAAAUGCGAAUUACAUAAAUACGAUUUUUCAAUGGUGCUUUGCUGCUGUUACGAAAAUCUAGAAAAACAUGCCAGCAGAGUCAUUCCAAAAAUAUCAUAUUGCUCAUCUAAAACGCUCAGUGUAGUGUAAUUCAGUUGUGAACUUCUAUAGACGCAUAUGUAAUCAAAAAAUUCGGCACAAUAGCUCACUAGGAAAAACCAACAGUAAGAACAGAAACUCAAAAUCAUGAGUUUCUCGGCAUUCAACGAUAUCCUGCAAGGUCCAUUUGCCCAGUAUCUCCAGUACUCGAGAAAAAUUGGAGGAGAUGUUGCCCAGCACAGUCAACUGGUUGAACGUGCUUUCCACACGCAACUGCAGUUUUUGCAGAUCGCGAGCCAAUCUGCAAAGCCCGCGAAUCAAAACGAUCUGAUGAACCUGCUCAAGCCCACAAGCGACAGCAUAAUGGCUAUCCAAGAAUUUCGGGAAAAGAAUCGGACUUCGCCAUUUUUCAACCAUCUGUCAGCUGUCAGCGAGAGCAUUCCUGCACUUGGAUGGGUCACUGUGUCUCCUGCUCCAGCGCCGUAUGUGAAAGAAAUGAAUGACGCGGGGCAGUUCUACACCAACAGGGUCUUGAAAGACUGGAAAGAAAAGGACAAAACACACGUGGAAUGGGUGAAAGCUUUGAUCCAAAUAUUGACAGAACUCCAAGCGUUCGUCAAGCAGCACCACACGACCGGUUUGGUAUGGAGUGGAAAGGGUGCGGCCCCACGCGGUGGGGUACCACCACCACCACCUGGAGCGCCAGCACCACCUCCGCCUAUGAAUCUUUCAGCGUCUGCAGAUCCAGGGGUGGAUAGAUCAGCCCUUUUUGCUCAACUUAACCAGGGCGCGGAGGUUACUAGUCAUUUGAAGAAAGUUACCCCAGACAUGCAAACACAUAAAAACCCAGCAUUGAAAAAUCCUUCUGCAGUAUCAGUUAAAGGCUCUGGGUCUACAAAUAACGCGUUUGGUUCACAACCUGACAAACCACCAAAGUUUGCACGAGAAGGCAAAAAAUGGGUUAUAGAGUUCCAAAAAGGAAAUCAUCAACUAGUGGUUGAAGACGCUGAAAUGAACAAUGUGGUAUAUCUGUAUAAAUGUGUUGAUUCUACCGUAAUAGUCAAAGGCAAAAUCAAUUCGAUUGUUGUGGAUGCCUGUAAGAAAACUGCUGUUGUUUGUGAUUACCUUGUAGCUACUAUUGAGUUCAUCAACUGCCAAUCUGUGCAAAUGCAGCACCGCUGCCACUGAAGACUAUAAAGCUUUUCUGUUCUUGGCAUGGAGGUGUUUGGUAAAGUUCCAACUAUAUCUAUCGACAAAACAGAUGGUUGCCAAAUUUACCUAAGCCAAGAGUCAUUAGAUGUAGAAAUUGUUAGUUCGAAAUCAUCAGAAAUGAACGUGUUAAUACCAAAGGGCAAUGGAGACUAUACUGAAAUACCAAUUCCUGAACAAUUCAAGACGACGAUAAGGCCAAAUAAAACGCUGCAUACUGUCGUCAUAGAAAACAAGGGUUGAGGCUUGAGGUGUUAUAUUUUAUACAAAAAUUUUAUUUGGUUGAGCAUUAUAUCAAUAUUUUGCAAACACUUCUUGAUACCUAAAAAUAUAUAUUUAAUAACCAAAUAAUACAUUAAAGCGUAACUAAUUUGUACUAAAACUUAUCGCAUAUUGUGCACAUUGAUUACAAAAAAAUAAAGGUAUUUUGAUUCCAUAUAA